UUCGCGUUGAGAGAGACUCUCUCUCUCUCUGAAAGCUUCAGAGGGUGUAUUGCAAUUUACAGAGAGGGAGAGAGGUACAACUUGUUCAACUCUGGUUGGCGGGAAUUCGAAAUUCUAGAGAGAGAGAGAGAGAGAGAGAGAGAGAGAGAGAGAGAGAGAGGCCACGCUUGUCAGAGAAUACGAAGGGGCUGAUAUUAGCGAUGGCGUCGAGCGCCUUCAUAGGCGCGAGCUUCAUCUUGAAGAAGAAGGGUCUCAAGCGCGCUGGAGCUGCCGGUACUCGAGCAGGAGUUGGUGGUUAUACUUACUUACUAGAGCCACUUUGGUGGGCGGGCAUGAUCACCAUGAUUGGUGGAGAGGUUGCCAAUUUUGUGGCUUAUGUAUAUGCUCCAGCAGUUCUUGUAACCCCACUUGGUGCACUGAGUAUAAUAGUCAGUGCUGUUUUGGCUCACUUCUUGUUGAAGGAACGAAUACAGAAAAUGGGUAUUGUGGGAUGUGUUACCUGCAUCGUGGGAUCAGUGGUAAUUGUGAUCCAUGCACCUCAAGAGCAUACUCUAAAUUCUGUACAGGAAAUCUGGGUUCUGGCGACCCAACCAGCUUUUCUGGUUUACGUUGCUGCUACACUUUCCCUAGUGUUAACUUUGGUUUUGCAUUUUGAACCUCACUAUGGGCAAACAAAUAUACUAGUCUACUUGGGAAUCUGUUCCUUGAUGGGUUCACUUACGGUUGUAAGCAUAAAGGCCAUUGGAAUUGCAAUGAAGCUAACUCUUGAGGGAGUAAGUCAGAUAGCCUAUCCUCAGACUUGGUUUUUUCUGACUGUUGCAGUAAUCUGCGUAGUUACACAGUUGAAUUACCUCAACAAGGCUUUGGAUACAUUCAAUGCAGCAAUUGUUGCCCCAGUAUAUUAUGUGAUGUUCACAACUCUGACCAUUAUUGCUAGUGUAAUAAUGUUCAAGGAUUGGUCUGGUCAGGAUGCAAGCAGCAUAGCCUCUGAAAUAUGUGGAUUCAUCACUGUUCUGUCAGGAACUAUCAUACUCCAUGCAACCAAAAAUGAGGAAUCAUCUACACAAGCAGGAACUGUAACAUGGUACAUUAGAGAUUCAAUGAAGGGCUCUGAAGAUGAACGUUUGCUCACCUUACACAAUUCAGAUUAUCCUGAACCGUAACCCUGCAACAAUCAUCUUGGAGAAUGAAAUCCCCAGCAAUGAAGCUGCACUGCAACAAUCAUUUUGAGUAGGGGUGAGUCUAUGGGCAUCUAGCACAUUGCUCAUUACACCUUCCAAAUACCCAUUUACUCCUAUUCAUUUUUAAAAAAAAAAUUGGCCUCCCCUCCCCUCCCCCAGUUGGACAUUUCCGUGGCAUAAGACCAGCCAUAGCUAGUCUUUUUUAUUAUAAAUUCUUUCUUCUUUUAGGAUAUGAAAUGAUAUGGGAUAUAAUGAAAAAGUAAAUGAAUUUUUUUAGGGACAGGUUGUAGCAAUGUGUUGGGUGCCAAUAGCCUCCCUUUGAGUAGUGUUUGUAGUGUUGGGAGCUCCCGGUUUCUUCUAGACAGACCUUGGGGCUUUUAGCAGAUUGCAAAAGUUACUUUUUAUGUGCCUUUCUUCACCAGCCAGCGGAUGCGACCCUCAACUGGAUGCUCAAAUUAAAUUGAAGUGUGAGGUGUGGCACCACUCUCAAUGCUAAGUUCUGAAUCAGCCUCAGCUCAGGAAUGGGGCUGCAGUUCUGUAUCAAUACCAGUGCGUAGAGAUAUUUGUUGUGAUCUUGGCAAUGCUCAGUCUCUCCAUGGCUGCUGAUGGCAUCUGUACAUAUCGAUGCUCGGCUUCUCGUUCACUAGUUUUCGUGCAUGAUUCUUCUUGAUAUCUGAUUCAGUUUGAUUCUUUCUUUUUCUUUCUAGUUUGUAUAUAUUUUUUCUUAUAGAUGUCUUUCUAGUUUGUAUUAGUCCUUUUUUCCUUGGUUAAGAAAAUCUUCAGUUCAUAUUGGCAUUGAUAGAUCAUAGAACACACAGCUGAGAGGUAUAUUUGCCAAUUAAUGGGCAAAUACUGCUUGGGAAUUGUAUAUCUUGUAUUUAACUCUUGAGUUUUUGCUUUUCCUGUC